UCCGGGAACAUUUUUCUCUGCAGACGAACAAUAAUACAGCAAGUAAUAAGUACAUUGGUCGUACGACGGUACGACUUUUCGGAACAGUAGUUUGAUACGUUCCCAAUGAAAUGGUGGUGUAGCGACCCAAAAUGACGCCCAACAAGGACACGACGUGCGAGCAACCAACAACAGCCCAGCAAGAACAACAAGGAAUAAAGGACAUUGAAGAUGUUUUCAGAGACAAUUCUACCGCUGACAAAGGGGGCAUUUCCACCGUUAAAAUUCACACGCGACGUAGGGUCAGACCAUCUGAAGACGAUGUUCAGCUAGGUUGCACUGCGGCAGAGACUAAUGAUAUCAAUCCGGAAAUGCACAAAGUUUUCAUGCGAACAUGGGGUUGUUCACAUAAUACGAGUGACUCUGAGUACAUGGCGGGGUUACUGGCGCAAUCUGGAUUUAGAUUAUCAGCCAACAAAGCGGACGCAUCAGUAUGGAUUUUAAACAGUUGCACCGUCAAGGGACCAUCAGAACAGCGCUUCAAGAACGAAGUUGAAGAGGGUCAAAGUCUGAACAAGAAAGUCAUUGUUUCUGGUUGUGUUCCUCAAGGGGAUCCAAGAAGUGACUAUAUUAAAGGACUAAGUAUCAUUGGGGUCAAGCAAAUCGACGAGAUUGUGACGGUGGUUGAAGAAGUGCUCAAAGGAAACACAGUCAGACUUUUGUCUUUCACAAAGAAAAAUGGUGCUACAAAUGCAAACGGAUUAGUAAAGAAUCCACCCGGCGCAAGUCUUCAUUUUCCUAAAAUUAGAAAGAACGAUCUGAUUGAAAUUAUUCCAGUCAGCACUGGCUGCCUUAAUUCGUGCACAUAUUGUAAGACUAAAUUAGCCAGAGGAAAUCUAUCCAGUUAUCCAAUCGAUGAAAUUGUGUCCAGAGCCAGUCAAGUAGUGGAACACGAAGGGGUAAAAGAAAUUUGGCUCACAAGCGAAGAUUUGGGUGCCUGGGGGAUUGAUUUGGGUCUCACAAUUGUAGACUUGCUAAAAUCGCUCGUUGAAUGCAUACCCGCAGAUUGUAUGCUUCGACUAGGAAUGACCAAUCCCCCGUACAUUUUAGAUCAUCUAGAGGAAAUAUCGGAAAUCCUUAAUUUGCCACAAGUUUAUGGUUUCUUACACAUACCGGUCCAAGCCGGCUCCGACAGUGUAUUACUUGAAAUGAAACGAGAAUACACUCGCAAACAAUUUGAGCAGAUCGUAACCUUUCUCCAGUCCCACGUAAAAUCAUUGACAAUAGCAACUGACAUCAUAUGUGGAUUUCCCACUGAAACAGAUGAAGACUUUGAAGAAACUUACGCCCUCGUAAAAAAAUUCAAAUUCAAAGUAUUGUACAUCAAUCAGUUUUAUCCCAGACCAGGUACUGCUGCUGCGAAAAUGCAAAGAAUCCCCACACAUAUAGUAAAACAAAGGACAAAAGCCCUAACAGAACUCUUCCUCUCCUACACCCCUUACGACGAGUCUCGUAUUGGAAUGGAAUAUAAGAAUGUUUUGGUAACUGAAAUUUCCCACGACACCAUCCACCUCGUUGCUCAUAACAAGGCGUACGAACAAAUUCUUAUUCGACGAGACUUGUUCAAAGAUGAAACAUUGAUUAUGGGAAAGAAGAUAGAUGUUAAAAUUAUUGCAGUUAGUAAAUUCUCCAUGAUAGCCUUACCCCUUGAAAAAUCGUAUAACGUGCUUCAAUUUCUAAAUAAUCAUUUAAUGUUUGUUGGACUGCUGUUAGUCCUGGUAGCUGUGUUUUUAUCAUGGUUUUAUCGUUUGUAGCAUUACAAUGCAUAUAUAAAUAUUUUAGUUAAUGGUUUAGAAACUAAAAAGAUGUAGCAAUAAAGGCAAAUAUUUAAGAAAAUGAAUAUUCAAACCAA